UAGGGUGUCUUCUUUGUCAUUUUACCUGUUAAUGUAUCUGGUUACAACUUUCCAGGCCGGUCAUGUAGGAGUGUCAGCAGGCUGCAAUAACCUCUAGGACUGAUGAAUGGACACCAGCCCUGUGCCUCCUUCUGGACAAAAGGAAACUGCAGGGUAAAGGGCGUCUGUGUAAGCUGUGUGACUCAUGGGAGAGAGCAGAAGUUGCAGUGGGAAACACGCGGUGCUGCACACCUUUAAACCGACUAUUCCUGUGUGUGUGGCCACUGUGUUGUUUCUGUUGUUGCUGGGAGUUUGCCUUCUGUACUUGCCGGAGCCGCUCACCUCACAGCCGCUGGUUGAGCACAGCAGCACGGUGACGCUCCUGGUUUGGAACCAUCCCUUCACCAGAAGCCAACAACUUCCUAAUUGCUAUGAGCGCUUUCAGAUCAGCGGGUGCGCGCUCACUGACGACAGGCGCGCGUACCUGUGGGCUGACGCUGUCAUCAUCCACCACCGGGAGGUCGCUGUCGGCGCCGUAGAACUACCACAGGAACCGCGGCCACGUGCGCAAAAGUGGAUAUGGAUGAACUACGAGUCUCCCUCUCAUACGCCCCGACUGUGGCUUUUGGAUAGUUUGUUCAACCUCACAAUGAGCUACAGGACAGACUCGGAUAUUUUCCUGCCCUACGGUUACCUGAUACCCCGCACCAGCGGAACCAAGAUCGCCCACAGCCGCUCCACGCACCUGCUCCACAGACCGAAGCGCAUCCUCCGGCCCCGCCUCGUGGCCUGGGUCGUCAGCAACAUCUCCCAGUCGCACGCGCGCGUGGCCUUCUAUUACCGGCUCCGCCGCUACAUCAGCGUGGAUGUGUUUGGGCGCGCGGGUCUGCCGGUACCGGAAGACAGCGGCGGCGAGAGCGUGGUCAAGCUGCUCGGUCGUUACCAGUUCUACCUGGCGCUGGAGAACUCGCAGCACACAGACUACAUCACGGAGAAGCUGUGGAACGCGGUGCAGGCCGGUGCCGUCCCGGUGGUGCUGGGUCCGACCCGGAACAACUAUGAGCGCUUCCUGCCCCCGGAGGCAUUCAUCCACGUGGACGACUUCCCAACAGUGCGUGGCCUCGCGCGGUACCUGCUGAUGCUUAGGAGCAACCCAGUUCUCCUCAAGCGGCACCUGGACUGGAGGGGGCAGUAUGUCUUGCACCGGCCCGUCAUGUGGGCUGAGCAGUACUGUGCGGCCUGCAGGGCCACGAAGAGGACCAGAGGCAGGACCCACGAGGUCAGAGAACUGACAAACUGGUUUUUCUCGUGACCACAGCUGCAGAACCUGAGAUUGUACAGGUUGUUAUUAUAAUGUAUAAGCACUCUCUUAGUGAGGAAAACAUUGUUGUUUUCCACAAUUGCACAACAAUCCAUAGCCAUAUAAAGGGCCUUUAAACAUGGAUCAUCACCUGCAGGAAGAAGAACAGCUGAUUCUAUAGCUUCAUCUUUAUAAUAAAUACAAUUUUAUAACCCUAUGUAUUGCAACUGAGAAUGACUUGUGUUAUAAAGACUUUCCACACCCAAAAGUCUCACCUAAUUCUAUCUCAGUUAUCAUUUGGAUCAUGUUUCUCAUGAAAUGAAUAUACGAAAGGGGAAAUAAAAUUUUCCAUGUGACCCAAUUUUUUCCCCUUUUUUCAUAAUUCCUAAUCAACGAUACCUUAAGAGCACAAAGUCUUUAUUUUCAUUCUGAGACACUUACAGGCUUUAGUUUCUCAAAGGAUACAGUUCAGUUUUCACCUUUUAAAACUUUUCCAGCACUUUCAAAAUUCAAAUUUAGCAUCACACAACGUACAGUGCAAACUUCCUGA